GGGAGUUUUAGGCCACAACAAUAUCUGAUUAAAUCCUACCACCCACGGAUCGUGCAGGUGAAUGAAUUGUACCUAGUCACCGUUCCGUCGACGGAGAUACAUCGGUGAAUCAUAAUUCGGCCGUCGAAUCGAUGCAUCAGCCGUUGCUUGAACUAGGAGAAAGAAUGGAGGAGGUACCACCAAAAUCAUUCCAUGACAAAAUAUCUGCUUACAAGAACAUGGUUCAGGAGGCAUAUAAGAGCAACCCUAUCUCAUACUGGAUUCUUUUACUUCUGAGUAGUGCAGGAAUGCUUAUCGCUUUCCCUGCUUCUAGCCUUCUUUCUCGACUCUACUUUUCUAAUGGUGGCAAAAGCAAAUGGAUCAUUUCAUGGGUAUCGGUUGCUGGGUGGCCUAUUCCUCUUCUUAUCUUACUCCCUAUGUACUUCUUCUCAAAAGCCACCCCAACUCCCCUAAACUUAAAACUCGCUCUUUCUUACAUCGGUUUGGGUUUCUUAAGUGCUGCCGAUAAUCUUAUGUAUGCAUACGCCUACGCCUAUCUCCCGGCCUCAACUGCCUCCCUCCUGGCCUCCACAGUCCUCGUUUUUUCUGCAAUUUUUGGGUAUCUUAUAGUCAAAAACAAGAUUAAUCUCUCAACCAUAAACGCCAUUGUGGUUAUUACAGUAGCUAUGGUUAUCAUUGCUUUGGACUCGGAUUCCGACAGAUUUGGAUACAUAACCGACGCUCAAUAUACGAUUGGUUUCAUAUGGGACAUUGUGGGAUCAGCUCUUCAUGGCCUAAUCUUUGCUCUUUCUGAGCUUGUUUUUAUAAAACUCUUAGAAGGAAAAUCGUUUCAUGUAGUCCUGGAGCAACAAGUGAUGGUUUCCUUCUUUGCCUUUCUAUUUACCACAAUCGGGGUUGUGGUAAACAACGAUUUUAACGGGAUGAGUUCCGAAGCAAAAGGAUUUAUAGGUGGGGCAAGUGCAUAUUACAAUGUUAUCAUAUGGGGUAUCAUUACUUUUCAGUUGGGAGUUUUGGGUUCAACCGCUGUGUUAUAUCUAUCAUCCACUGUGCUAGCCGGUGUCCUUAACUCAAUACGGGUGCCAAUCACAAGCAUUGCGGCGGUCAUACUUAUGCAUGAUCCUAUGAGCGGUUUCAAGAUUUUAUCGCUCAUCGCUACCUUCUGGGGGUUCACAUGCUAUAUAUUUGCUAGUUACCCUGCAAGUCCAGUUCCUUCACCAUCUUCUAGUUAAUAGUCUUGUUAUAUAUAUUCUUGCCCCCAUUCUAGUUAUUACUGGGUUCAGAUCCUACUACGGCUUGUGGCAUUCGUCCGAUGUACCAAUCGAGUGUCAAGAGCCGAAGGGUUGUGACCGUCUCUCUUUAGGAACAUGCGUGUAAAUUCGUUUGUCCUAAAACAUGAAGUUGUUAUUAAGGCUUACCUGUUAUGAGGGCUUAUUUGUGUUCUUUCA